AUGAAAUUCUCUGCUCUCAUCCUCCCUGCUGCUCUUGCUACUGUUGCUCUUGCUCAAGAGUCUGCUACUGGCCCCUUACCUACUGAGCUUCCUGGUGCAAGUGUUGUUGACAUCAUUGAACUCGGCGCUGACGAGUAUCCCAUUGGAAUUUCCAAUGGUACUGACUACUAUAUUUACGUGGUCAACACUACUUCUUUGGCUGCCGAAAGUCUUGUAUCUUCUGGUGAAUCUAUUGAGAAGCGCAGCCCUCGUUGGAUCUGGUGGAAACCCUUCCCUGGUGAACCUGCUUGGAAGAAACGCUCAGCUCUUCCCAAUGCUGAAGCUCUUGCUGAAGCUGAGGCCGAGGCUGAGGCCAAUCCUCGUUGGAUCUGGUGGAAGCCUUUUCCUGGUGAGCCUGCUUGGAAGAAGCGUGAUGCAAAUCCUGAAGCUGAAGCUGAAGCUGAAGCUGAAGCUGAAGCCAAUCCUCGCUGGAUUUGGUGGAAGCCUUUUCCCGGUGAGCCUGCUUGGUAA